CGCCGUGAAUCACAACUAACGAGUGCUCCUUCAGUCGCUUGUUUAUGUGCGCGCUCACGUAAGUGACACUUUGAACAAAAUACGUUGGAAGUGAGAUACGACCAAAUAUUGCUCACACUAUGGGUGGUCUUCGGGAGUUUUGGACAAAAUGGAAACUACCGUGGUGUAGUCCACGCCGGCCACAAACCCGAUUUCCUAAACUCAGUUCUGUAGAUAAAGUCGCAUUCAGAAAAGCUUUCGACGCUUCUCGAUCGGAUAUCUGCUAUCUAUUUGCUAACCACUGGAAACAUCCUAACUUGAAGAAGUAUAUCAUGUGGUUCUACAACUCGAUAAUGGGCGAUCGCGGCUUCGGAAUUGGGUGUAAGGUUCCCGACCAAUGUGAAAGUCGUGUGAAACUAGUGGAACUAUUCAGCCAGAUGUGGCAAGUCGUCGAUAUUCCUGAAACGGUCAUUUACGCUUUUGACCUAUUCUUUAAUAAAAUUGAGUAUUGCUUGGCAAAUGGUUGGUACCAGGGCCUUUCAUGGAGGACGGAUGAAAUCGUCGUCAUUUUAACCAAAAACAAUGUUCGAUACGUAUUAGAAUUAAACACUGCCAUUGACAUUCCAGUGAGCUGGAGAGAUUCUCCAUCAGCGAUGACAGUAUGUAUUGAUAAUGGUCGGUACUAUGAUACAAUUCCCGUCGAAGUGCAGGAACACAUACAUUUUGUCAACGGGACGUUUGCGUUGAGACUUAAUGGCAGACGCGGGCUAAGGAAAGAAAUCACCUCAACUAACUACUGGAACUCAGAAUCACCGCGCGAACCUAUUGAAGUUCACGGGUUAGAUGUUACUCUCAGCAUGAGAUGGAAAGGACCACACGUAGAUAUCGAGACUUUUGUUGACGAUGUCCGUCUCCAUAAUCUACCAUAUGGAACCCUUCCAUUCCAAUGAUUUCGGAAUGUUGAAACGGUCGCAGUAGACGAUUUUUGCGAUAUAAAGCUUCAGAUAACCGCAAUCGAGAGUAGCUGUUGUUGAAACAAUACAGCGACAUGUUUUUCUAGUCGCACCAAAUCUUCUAGAUAAAAACGACGACAAAGGGGUGCAAGGAAACAUAGUCCGGCGCAUACAGUUGUAAUUAUCGCCAUUUAUUUUUACUACAUACUUCACGUACAGGUACAUAUAACUCUGUAGGGCGCCAAAUAGAAUAAUAGAGUAAUGGCAGAAACAGACAAUCGCGGUAAAUACCAUGUAAUAAUGCAAUAUAUAUAUGUUAGAGGACAACUUUUGGAGUAAACUUAAUAAAUUCAUAGGUAGAAUCUUUAUUUUUGAUGGCUGCGCGAUUCGUGCAAGGCGCAUCUGUUUUAAAAUUAUUAAAAAAAAAAAAAGAUUAAAUCGGGUCUGACUUAAUCUUUCCUAGUCAACAUGAUUGUAUUGUGAAGAACGACCGCAUCGAAAGAAAUUUAUCUUUCGCCUUUUUUUACAUAGGUAGUUUGUCUUGUUGUUUAUUGUUCAAUAAAGAGUUUUUCUAGUGUGCAACAACAGAAGAGCAGACAACUGUUGAAUAAUAAUUAUUCUAAACGAAAGCUUUUUAGACCUGGAUUAUUGCUGAAUAUUGAAUAAAGAAAUAAUAUUUGUACUUCUCAAUGGAUCAUUCAAAAUUAGCGGCAGGUCUGUGGAUUGUCGCAAGUACGCCCAUUUCGCUACCCCGGUCAGGAAUAUUAUCUCUAAUUUUCUAGCUCAGGUUGAAAAGCGUAGCCGUAUUAUCUAAUUAGCUUAUUGUAUUUACGAUAAUUUCGAGUGCCGCGGCCGCGUCUGCGUUUCCGACUAUAGUCCUUUCUAUUAUGUUUUUAAUUCAGCUGUCUGCACGGUCAAUUCAAUAGAACAGUCUCCAGCUAUAAGAAGCCGAGGUUGAGCGUUCCAACCCGCCAUCAGCAUAACGGGUUUAAAUUUAAUUACCCCUUUAUAAUUAUUUCGCUACAGUUAUGUCGUCACGUGUUUCCUUAUCGUGCCAAUAACAAACGAGCCAUUUCAUGGCCAGACUACAGAUGACGACAACUGUCUGAUAAGUGGAUGCAUGAUUUCUUCUCAAUUCAUCAUAGCAAAUGACUUGAAAACUCUAGUACAUCUUAUAGAUGUUCUUGUCGUAUAGUGAGAUCCGUGCUCGCACGUUCGUAAACGUCACUUGCAUUGUCCUUUCCGUAUGUUUACAACUCGAAACAAAAUCAAGAAUCCUAACGAUAGCCUUUUCAAAGAAUCGGCAAUGAAUGACAACGGCUUGAAAGAGAGGAGGGAAAUAAGGAGUCUGUGAAUUUAAUUUUUUCUGACACUGUAGCCUCUUGUUUUUCAUCCAUUUUAAUGUUCUCUGUGAGGAGCUUUCCUGUUUCACUACUCAUUAUGAUAUUUUCAUUGAGAAACAACACUUCUGUUGAGCAGCCUGACGCUCUAGUGGGGCUCAUCAGCCAGAUCUGGUUAACUUGAGGGAUCGGCUUACGUCUUGUUGUUCAAAGCCACUUAGCAAAUGGCUAUUGCCAAGGACGGUCCGUGAGAGACGGGAGAAAUCUGAUACGUUUCAAUUAGAAAAAACGCCAGAUAUUUAUUUCACAAAGCCCGAAACAGACGUUGACCUUACAGUUUAUCUAUAUCUGUUUAUUACGAGCGAGUCAAUUGAAGGAUCAUUCUUGAAACUGUCUAGCUAACCUUGGUAACGACGCCUUGGCUUUGAAGCCUUGCACUGCAUUGUCGACUAACUAUUACUUAUGGAGAUGGUAGCGGAACUGCAAAGCCUAUCAGGGUUGUAAAUUUAUCAUUUGGACCUUUGUGUGUAUCUCUCGCGCAUGUUAAUUUUCACGCUUAACGACAACUAGCGUGACAAAGACCAAAGUCAAAUGCCUACGACAUUAUUUACUACGUUGUUAUGUAGGCUUCUUCAAAAGUUAAAUACACUUAUGCAGCCUACCCGCCUCGUGUUACACUCUGCAAUCUACAAGACAGGUUUUGUUAACUGAAAAAAAAUCUACGCUUUGCAUCAUCAAGAUCAAUCCUAUCUAAUAGCUUUUCUCUGCCUUUCCAUCGAGCGUUCCGAUGGAAAAAACAGCCCAUGCUUAACUAUUACCUAAGUAUUGAUUGAAUGGUCAAUCGCAAGGAACCUCAUCACAAGCAAACUUCAUGGAUCGACAAGAUUACAAAGAGUAUAGUAUUCAGAACAAAAAGAUAACACGCAAAUAUUCUGUGCCGGACGUACGUACGUAGCACUUGAAACGAAGAGGAUAUAUUAGCUUAUCGGAUAGGCUUUAUAGAUUAUAUUCGCUUGCCAGUGAUCAUCUACUGCUAAAUUAGUAGAGACUGAUUCAAAAACAGUGUUCGUUAUUUUUCCUUAGAAGUUUUUUUUUUUCUGUUCUCUGAAGCUUUCAAGCAUUCUUCUAAAAUCGAUUAAGGUUUUAUUCGGUUUUCAUGCGAUUUUUUCAAUAUGAGUUUUCAUAUCAUUUAUAUAUGUAAAAGGCUUUCAGGUUGUCUUGUGUACAAUUAAUGUCUUUUUUAAUUUUGCAUCCGAAUUGGUAUAUGUGUUUUGGGGCCUGGAACAGACCAGGAAUUUUUGUAUUAGAGCAAGGCGAUGGAGAAAAAAAAUGUUUUAGAUUGCUGAGUAACGUUUGGAUAAGCAACAGAUUAUUAUGUUGCAGUUAUGUUAUUAAGGUAAGAAGUUGAAUUUAUUCGUCUUAAAGGCUCACCUAGAGAACGAUUGUGUGCACUUAAUUAGAUUGAAGCCCAGCGAGAUUUUUAUCUAUACUAUUUAUUUAUAUUUUGUUUCAUUUAUCACUAAAACGUAAUUAAUACUAGUAGAGAUGAUGUCCUAUACGCAGAUAGGGUGUUGUAGAAACG